AACCACACACGGAGGGCGGCCAGCGUCGGACAACCACCACGACAGAAUUAUUCGAAGAAUAAAAAUUAUUGUUUACAGAGUAAUGAUGAGGAAAGGAGUAUGUGAUGCAACCUCAUGCUGGUUUUGUCUCCCGUCAAAGAGUGUUGCUGCAGAUCGAGUUGAGGUCGAAACCAACUACCGGGCACGUUCCAUUUCUGUCGCUUGGAGCGUUUCCGGGGCAUGGUCCGUGAUGUUGUCCGUGCGGCUUGAAGAGGGGAGUUUAGAUAAGGUGUAUAUCCUUCAUGCUUCUCUACGAUUCUGAUAUCCUGAUAUUCUCAUCCAGAGUCCCUGGGUAUACGCUCUUGGUUUUGUUGUAUCUGCUGGUACUACCUGGUACAUUCCUGUGGUCUGCCAAGCUGACUCCAUCCCACGCAAAACAUCAUCAUUUAGAGUACAACAGCAAGGUGGAUUACCUCAGAGGCAUGAUGACUAUCAUAUGAAUCACCCAUUCCUCAAGGACUGCAUAGACUGCAUAGAACUAUUAGAAGGUAUUAAAGGGGCUACCGGAGCACAAAGGAACUCUUGACAGUCGUCACAUUUAAUUUAAUGAUCCCAGCGGCGGCACGUCGAAAAACGAAGAAAAGAAAUUAUUAUUAUCACUUCAUGGUCUCUCAUCUGGGAUGUUCCCCUGAAAUGAUCCUGGUUCAGCUUUGAUUAAUCAAUAAAUCCUAUUUGAGAAAAAGCAUGGAACAGCACCAGGAUUCCUUCACCCCGCGCCGAGCAUUCUCUGGGUUCGGCAAUAUAUGAUGCAGUGUUCGUCGAGAUGAGCAUAGAAAAUCAUUUCUACUAUCUAUUGUAGUAUAUGUAUUUUGUCUAUGAUCUAGACGGCUAUUACGAUAAGGUGGUUCUAUAAAUGUGAUGCAUUUCCUUGUGC